AUAACCCCUAACCCGGAUGUAAACAGUCCCCACGUGUUGUGGCUCUGUAAACGGAGGCUGAACGCUGAUAUAAUUAAUAUUACAAGAGAAUAAUUAACAGGAAAAUUAGUUUUAUUUUGGCUAAAUAUCAGCUUGAAUUGUACUCAGGAUUUUCACCGCGAAUAGUUUUCGAUCAGAAAGUAGGGUGUCGUCGCUAACAUGUUUGCGGAGGAGGAAUGGACAGAUAACAUGCCAAUUAAUGAACAGGCCCACUCUGCAGCGAAGACUGAGCUUCUUGUUGGGAAGCACAAGGCAAUCAGCAGGCACUGCCUUAAGCGAACUCUCCAGACCUUAGGAUCAGCCCCAAACUGGGGAUGUCUACAAACAUUUGUAGAUGGUGAUGAAGAAUCAGAAGAAGCUCCUGAACAUCUUUUCAAGAUGAAGAAGCAAAAGUGCAAAAAACAGAGGAAAACCUCUGGUACAGGAACUGAAGGAGACAUGGGCAGGGAAACGGAUAUGCUGCAGAACCCUGUGAAGAAGCGAAAAGCAAAGCUUAAAAUGGACACAGCCAACACUGAAAGUUCUAAAAAAUUGUAUAAAGCAGAAGAUUCUACUGAUAAAAGACUAAGCCGACAACAGUGGAAGAAUAAAAUGAAGAACAAGAGACGGUGCAAGAAUAAAUUCCUUCUGGGUUCAGCUGGAGUUGCAGAUCUUAAAUUGGAGGAAAAAUUGAGGCAGAUGCAGGGCCUCUCAGUAGCAGGGAAAAUGCAGAAUAACGAUUUGUCACUUUGGAGAAUGGCAUCAGUGGAGAAGAAUGAUAAUAUACCUUUGAGUAUAGACACGUGUGAAAAACCCCAGGGUAUUAGAAAAAAAGGAAACAAAGACCCAGCUCAAUUAACAGCUAUAAAACCAGUCUGUAAUGGGAUGAAAACAAAUGCACCUAAUCAGUGUGAAAAACAAAGUCCUCUUAAAGUGGAUAAAAACGCUUGGCUUCAGGCUAAGAAAUUGCGGAGGUUUUUGAACAUCCAUGCCACUGAAAAUGAUGAGAAACUAAGUGAUAUAAGUCUUGUACAGGAAAAAGAAGAUUUUAAAAACAUCAGUGAAAGUCAAAAGGAUCGCUCCAGUGCCUUAAGGUCCCGGAUGGAGAAGCGGUUACAAUCAGCCCGGUUCCGUCACAUAAAUGAGCUACUUUACACAUCAACAAGUGGUGAAGCCAAACGUCUAUUUCAGCAGGACCCUGAUGCCAUCAGGAUUUACCAUAAAGGCUACACUGAGCAAGUGAAACACUGGCCCACAAACCCAGUGGAUCCCAUCAUCUCCUAUAUUCAGCAAAAAUCGUCAUCUUUGGUAAUAGCAGACUUUGGCUGUGGAGAUUGCAAGAUUGCACGAAGUGUGAAGAACAAAGUGCACUGCUUUGAUUUGGCUCCUGUUUGUGACCUUGUCACUGCCUGUGAUAUGGCCAAUGUGCCACUUGAUGACUCCACAGUGGAUAUUGCAGUCUUUUGUCUCUCACUCAUGGGGACUAACCUUGCAGACUUUUUGGCAGAAGCAAACAGAGUUCUGGUGAUGGGGGGUGUCCUCAAAAUUGUAGAAGUUGCCAGCAGGUUUGAUCAUGUACGCCAGUUCAUUGGAGCCUUAUCUCAUCUGGGCUUUAAGUUGGUCCGUAAGGACAUAGACAACAGCUACUUCUACUCCUUUGAGUUUCUGAAGACACACAUCGUUCCAAAUGAUGUAAAGAAAAUAGGGCUUGAACUUAAGCCUUGUUUGUACAAGAAACGGUAGAUUCAUUGAUAAUAGGAAUGCAGUCAGAGCAGGGAGUUAAAAAACAAAAGGCAACAGUCUAGAGUAAUAACACACACGUGCCAGUAUGUAAAAAGGAAUUGUAUUACAUGCUCCCUGAAUAUGGUAAAGUUGAGAGUUUGAAGAACCAAAACUACAGUGUCUGCAUACCAUUAUCAUGGUAUUGGUGAAUUUUGUAAAUUAGUUUAGUGCAAAAAUUUACAUGCAUUUACCAUUAUAGAUAUAAUGGUAAAGAAGAACUAUUUAAAUUUUGUUUAAUAAUUUUUAGUUAUAAUUAUAACAGUAGUAUACAGUUAUAAUUAAGAUGUCAUUCAUAAUCAUUAAACCUUUUGAUUAAAAAUGCAAAGUUGGUGUGCAGUCUUUUAAAUGUAUCUCAGUAUUUUAUAAUCAUUAUCUAAAUUUAUUUUCUUUGAGUGCACUGACUAAUCUUACUUGUCUCAUCUUGCAAAGUACUGGAUCUAAUCUUGUCAUAAGCAGAACAUGAGUGACAAUGUUGUCCACUGAGAGGCUCCAGACUCCAUCCUUACUCUAACUGUCCAGAUAUAGGACCGUUGUAGAGGGACAUAGCAUAGGAAUUGUAAGGUGAACUGUGAGAUGAGCAGCUUUGGUUGGAGUUCCUUACUUGAGCUGUGACCCAGAGAAGAGGAAAAGGACAAGGAUUAGGUGACUGACCGGGUAUCCUGCAAAGCUCCAAGUCGAGUAUCUCACAGCGCUCCAUGUAGCUCCAAUCCGGAAAUAUUGAUCCCGUUUGAGGACUUAAAUGUUGGAGAUUCCGCAGCACCUAGGACCUGAGGAAGUAGACAAGUUCUAUGAUGGAUGUACUAUGUAAUGUUUGAUCUGUUUUUAUACUAAAAUGAAACAUAGUUGUCAAAAA